AUGCUUUUAUUAAAAUACAACUCAUUACCUUCUGACAAAUUAAUAAUAUGUGAAAGCACAAUGUUAAAAUUUUUGUAUAAUAAAUUAUCUUCAGACACUGGAAUCUAUUUUAACGUAUGGGAUUGGUCAAUACCAGAGUUAUAUGGUAUAGUGUUGGGUAUGAUGGUGAAAUUGGAUUUGAGUGGUUGUUUACAAAUACAAGAAUCAGAAAUGUUGGAUUUUAUUAUCGAUGUUGAAAAAGGCUAUUUUACAACUGAUUAUCAUUCAUUUUAUCAUGCGGCAGAUGUUGUGGCCAUGUUAUACUACAUGUUGGUUGAUUUAGGUGCUGCCAAACAUUUGACUCACUUUGAUUCGAUUUGUUUGAUGAUAGCUGGAUUGUGUCAUGAUAUAGGACAUCCCGGUUUAAAUAAUGUUUACCAGGUUAAUGCAAGAACGCCUCUAGCAAUCAAAUAUAAUAAUCAAUCUGUAUUAGAAAAUUAUUCUUGCACACUGACAAUGGAGUUGCUAUCAAAACAUAAAUUGUUUCGUCAUUUACAUAACAACAACAACAACGAUUUCCAAGGAAUGGAUCCACAACAAAUUGACUUCACUUUGAAAUCUUUGAUAAAGAAAAUAAUUUUAGCAACUGAUAUGAUGAAUCAUUAUGAAUUGUUAGAAUCUUUGCAUAAUAUUAUUAAUUUAUCAUCAUCAUCCACUUCUUCUACAAACAUUUGUUCUUCUUCAUCACCAUCUUCUGAUGAAUCUUAUAAAGAUCAACGUGAUAUUUUUUUAAAAGUUUUACUUCAUGCUGCUGAUCUGAGUAAUGCUGUACGUCCAUGGGAUAUAUCUAAACGUUGGUCUGAUUCUAUUGUUGAGGAAUUUUUUAAACAAGGUGACUUGGAAAAACAAAAAAACCUGCCUGUAUCUCCAGAUAUGGAUAGAGAACAAGCUCAUCAGUCACAAAUAAGUCUUGGUUUUGGUGAUUUCGUUGUCAAACCAUAUUUUGAAGCAUUGGCUUUAUUUCUAAACGAUGCUACAAUCUUUCUUGACACUUUGGCAAAAAAUCGACAACAACGUCGUGUAAGUUUAGCUGCUGGUCUACUGAUUAUACCAGAGGAUAUCCAGGAAAAAUUAUCUCGAAUGUCAACUCCGCAUACUUCCUACCCGACAAUGCAUCAUUUUUGUAGUGAUAAAAGUGGAAAGAUAAGACGUACUUUAUCUGGUAGAUCAUAUAGUAGUAAUGCAUUGUUAACCUCAACUCCAUCAAUCAUCUAA